AUGAGCCAGCAACAGUAUAUAAAAGAUGUUUGCUGCUCCUCAUUACCGAAUACCUCAGAAUACCACAAGAUUCGUGCGGCACUCUACAGACAGUCGUAUCUGAUAUUCCAAAAGCUACAUCAAAAAUCAACUCCAAUUACAGUGAACCAAGCAGCAAAGGAGUACGAUGACACUCUGAAUGAGCAAAUCGAGCUGGUAGAGCAGUAUUACCACGAACUUGCACUGAACAAAGAGCGCCAAGAAUAUUUGAAGCUAUCAGCUAUAUGGCAAUUGUGUAAAAUUGUUUAUUUCAGCGAUCAAAAGGAUGACAUUGAGGCAUUGAUCAAGUGGUACAAUCGAAUCAAUUCAUCUCUCUACUACGAAUACGACAGACAAGCCAUCUUCAACCAUCCCGAUGGACCACUAGAACAUCCCAGUUUUUGGCCUUUCGCCAUUCGCAUGACUCUAUUGGGCCGUAUCGAUCAGUUAUCAGCACUCUUAAAGCACACGCUACCAGAUGUUUCGUUUUCGAGAAACAGCGAUAUUCUGCCCUACAUUAUUGCACUGAAUGACAUUACAAUAGACUUCCCACUCAAUAAAGAAAAGCUGUCAGCAAUCAUGGCCAAUCUACAAGCCAGCAAACGGUUCAGCCCAAAAAUCGACUAUCAUGCACAACAACUGCUUGCUGUAUUGGCAAUUCUCUCGGGCGAUGAAAUGAUCACACUUGAACACACGCAAGACGAUAUCCACGCUUACAUUUGUUGUCGAUUCUAUCAAUCCGCUGUGGGCUCAUUCACUGACUUUACUGCACGACACCCAUCCUCAUCAAACCAAAACUCAUUCAGCAGUCUUUUGCCACCACAAAACGUAUUACGAUCCAUCAUUGCAGGCGAUAUCUAUCAGGCUAUAGAAGAGUGUGUUCAUUACGACUGGUGGCUACUGGCCCAUUUGACGGAUUUGCUCAGCAUGAACCAAAUGAUAGAUCGAGACAUUAAUAUCCCAGUGAGACAAGAUACGGUAUCCGUGCCAGUAAAAUCGCAUUUUAUACUGUACUAUGCAUCAACAUUGAAGAAUCAGUUUGGAUUAUGGAAGCAGGCAUACAGUUACAUGUUUGAGUGUGGUGAAUUAGGAAGACAAGCUGUGAUUGAGCAUAUGAGCAACAUGGAUUUAAAUGUGGAUGAUAAUGCACUAACAGAGGUCGUGGAUUUUUGCAAUCAUCAUUCGUUAGAAUCAACAGGCGUCGAAUUAUACAAGCGAAAGGCAGCCAUGUGUAUGGAAGCAAAGGAUUACAAGAAAGCACUCUACUACUAUAGAACAUCCAAGCAGCAUCAGUAUAUCGACACAGUAUUCUACGAGAUGAUCUGGCACCUUGCAAUGACAGGAGAAUGGUCUGAUAUUUCAUCCUUGAGUCCUGAAAGAUACGAUGGAAUUUAUUAUACCAUUUACAAGCAUUUACACAAUCUCCAUAAUCACAUUGAAAGAUCAGAACUCAAAGAAGCAGCACAUGAAUUCAGGGCACUCGUUGAAAGCGAUUCUGUGCCUAACCAUAUUAUGGCAAUCGUUAUUUGGGAGGGAUUAGCUCUUGUCAGAGACUUGGAUGCCUCUCAGCUCACCGCUGCCGAUAUUCUACGUAUAAAAUCACAAUGGCAAAAACUGAAUAAGCUUUCACCGGCACAGGAUUUUAAGCUGCUUUAUUUCUACAACAAUCAAGAUAAACUAAAUGUGCCUGAGCGAAAUGGCGACCUUGAAAACGUACUGAAAUAUCAAAAACAGGAUUUCCUAGAUACAACAGGUGUUUGGUUUUCAAGAGCUCUUGAAAAAACUGACUCAUAA